AUGAUGUCUACGUCCGUGAGAGCCAGUUCGGCGCCAAGUUCAUCGAGGCCGGAGAAGGUGCUGGACACCAGAGUGGCAGAACUGAAUUUUCAAGUCCCAGCAGUAAGCAUGAAGACACAACCUCCUCCUGUCAACGACCACAUCAUCCCAGAUGAACUGCUGGUCAGCCUGACCUCCACUGUCUGCAACAGGAGCACACUGGGGCACACUGCACACCAUCGGCACUGCAAGGAAUGUGGAAUCAGACGGCCGGAUGCAGUCUGGCAUCACCAGCUCGGACGCAGUAAAUACAAGUUCUUUCUGGAGCAGCCAACGUCCCUAACUGGAGCCGGCAGGGAUAUUUCAUUCCUGUGUGAUGCUGUGGCAACCCAGAGGAAGACAACACCCCUCCCACCACUGACUGAAAGGAGUGGCAUUGGAGACACGCAGAACUUGAAUGUCUCAGAAAGUCUGAUCCCAGAGGAAUAUCACAUUGUGAAAAACAAAGGGCUGCGGAGCCUUGAGUUCUUUGAGGAUGCAUUCACAGUGCAGCUACAGGAUGAUGAGCAGAAGCUACGGGUCUUUCCUUCACUGAGGCCCAGUGGGAGGCUGGAAGUGGUCCAGUUGAUGAGGAUGAUGGACGACAUGCUGGAGAAGGCCGGAGUGGAUCAGCAGAGUGAGGAGCUGACAGAACUCUCCCAGAUGGAGGGUCUGUUGGAGCUGGUGCAGGUCGAGCAGAACAUCUACAACAUUGUUUUCCAUGAACUGAUCAGGCAGGUCAGCGUGGGCUGUGCUGAGAGAGGACAGCUGCUUGCCAAACUCAGACAGCGCUACCAGUCCCUGCUCGAGCGAAUCCCCAGCCGUCUGAAAGCUCUACACACUGAGACAGUGGCGCAGCGGGCUCUGGACCGCCGGCUAACUGAGGAGAUCCACCACAUCAAGACAGCCAUCCAGCAGCUCAACAUGGAACUGUCCAGAAUCAGAGACCAUGAUGCCUUUGUUUCCCAGCAGGCGGAGCGCGCUCACCUGCAGCUGGCUGGGGAGCUUGAGCAGACUCACACCAACUCACAUGUGGUCCAGGGUUACCACGAGCUGUAUGAGCUGCAGAGGGGUCGCCUUGAGGCUCAGCUGCUCCAGAUGACUGAGGAGAGAGACGGCUGGAGCAAGCUCACCUUCUGCCUCGCCCUCAAGGUGAUCAGUGUGAAGAAGCUGCAGCUGAUCAGUCGCCUGCAUGUCAUCGAGCAGAGCUGGUUCAAGACAGCUGAGCACUGCAGCCUUUACCUCACUCUGAAGGACACAGAGGACCUGAAUAUCAUCAUGGAGCUUAGUGACUACUGGAAAGAGCAGCUGGCUGCUUUCAUGUCCCAGCUGCAGAAGAAUGAGCAUGCUCAGUGGGAACAGAUCAGUGCAAUCCAGCAAGGCAUCGCCAAGUGGCUCACCUUCUGCACCACACAGAACAAGUGUCCUAACCCAAAAUAUGAGAAAGCUUCAUUGGAAAAGAUUCAUGCUGAUUUGAAGCAGUGGUCAAAUACAUUGGCCCUCCUGUGUGACCGCUACCAAGGUGAGAAGCUGCUUUUUGGCCAGCAGACACUGAAUGAGCUUGGCCGUGUCCAGGAAAGAUGGCUGAAUAUGAGCCUUCAGCUGUUCAGAAGACACCCUUAUUCUGAUGGUGAACCCCGUGAAGGCCAACAGUCCCUAAGAGAGCUGGACAGGGUCCUAUCUGAUCUCCUCAAACAGCUGGACACCCAAAUCACUGGAGAGAAUGGGAUCCACGGAGAGAUCAUGUCACUGCUUAGGUUGAUGGAGUCCCGAGUUUCCAAGCUUGGUGCAGUGAUUGGACGGCAAGAGACAAUGUCUAUCCCUGACUGGCUGAAGCUGGAGACGGCCCUGCGCAUGUGGCAAAGUUUGGCUGAAAAAGCCUUUCAGAACAUGUCUAGCUCGCAGACAGACAACAAAACGGACAAAAACAAGCUUGACAUAUAUACAGACACAGAAAAGGUGUUAGACAAUGUGCAGCAGUUCAUAACCAACCUGUCCAACUUCACUGAUGGUGAGAAGCAGAGACUUAGUGAGGAGAUCAGUUCUAUUCACAUGGCUCAGACCCGCUGGAUGUUGGAUCUGUUGCUCCUCAUGGUACCUGACUAUAGCGAGGACCACGACCAAGAACAGGAACACCACUACAGUACAAACAUCUCACUACAGACACUAGAAGAGGAUGCCAAGAUGCUGGCUGAGAAACUGAAUUUUUUUUCCAUAUACAUCAGCAGCUCUUGCAAACUGAUUCUGGAGGAGCAUAUUCUGCAGAAUUCACAUGACAUCGAGGCUGAAAAUGAGAUGAAUGAAUGUAAAAAGCUACAGAGGGACUGCAUUGACUGGGAGGAGACCUGUAUAAUCCUGUGCUCAGGAUUGAGAGGCGGUCCUGUGGAGCUGCCCGUCCAACAGGCUGACCGCGCCUCCAGGAGUGAUGUCCCUGUCUCUCCAGCAGACAGCAAGCAGGGGGAGCUAACGGUUUGUGAAAGCCCAGUGGUAAAGCUGAUUAGCUAUGAUGGGAACAUUACACAAAGAAAGCUGGGAGAGAGCAGUGUCCACCUGAAUGGGCCUGAGCUGGUUGUAUCCCCAACAACAGAAGUAGCCCAGAAAGCUUUUAGUGAUCUGACCACGGUAGGAUUGCUGCAGCAGGAACUGCAGGAUUCAGAGCUGCGUGUCCAGAGUACCGAGCAGCGAGCACUGAAGGCUGAGGAAGCCCUGCAGUCAGCGUUGGAGAAGAUUCAGGACCUGGAGAAACAACUGCAGGGUCAUUCUAGUCUGGAGCCCAAAAGAAGUGAAGUCGACCGAGAGAAAAAGAAAACCCCACCACCUUCCCCACCACCAGUAACACCCCCAACUCCCCCAAAGAAAACCGCAGCUGAAGCCAAACAAACAAGCAUCCCCAAAAAGAACAAGAAACGGUGAUCUGACAUGGGAUCACGAGGUGUUUCAACUUAUGUAUGCAUGGGACUGUCCAGUUAUUUUUAAAAUCCCUUUUAGAUUUUUUUUGUUUCAUGUGUUUCUUGUGUUGUAAAAAACGCCUGCACUCCAUCACAAUCACAUCCAUAAGGGAAAGAGUAUUAUGUCUUCUGGUGCACAUUACCAACACAUGUACUGUCUCAAAACUUUACAAGAUAAGUUAGCACAAAGGAAG